CUAAUCCCAUCUUGAGGCCCAAAAGAAAUGCAUUAUGAUACACAUACUAGUUUGAAUAAUACGGAAUUAAUGCCUAAUAUAAAGCUAGCUCGGCAAACAUAAAACGUUAACUUAUAUUAAGGGCUGUAUGACUACCUGUUUUGGCUACAAAUAGAGAGCGAUGUCCUCCCAGUUAAAGUACUCGUCUUCCUACUCCAAGGCCCGCCCAUGAAUACAGAUGACCUCUGUUCUUCGGUAAUGCUCGUGGCUUUCAGGGAGGCGGUGCCUAAUUUUUUUUAUUUUUUAAAGAUUCCAUUGCAAUCCAAGAUUCCUAGUGCUCCGCUUAAGGGCAGGUGAUGGCGUCACCCGCCCCUAAAAUUGGUGGCCAUUUAAUUUUUUUUAAUUUCUAGGGACGCGUGAUGAUAUUUUUAGAGUGCGGCUCGGAAGCUACAGUAACCCCGCUUCUUUUGUAGGAGCGGGUUACUUUUGGGCCGCUCCAAGAAAAAAAGAGAUGCUUCUAAAAAUCAUUUUUGUAGCGGUGAAGGUGAUACUAUCUGACUCAAAUGUACCUGGAGAAGGUGAGCACAAGAUAAUGUCUUUCAUCCAGGCACAACGCAGCAGGGAGAACUAUGAUCCAAAUACUCAUCACUGCUUGUAUGGAUUGGAUGCAGACCUAAUAAUGCUCGCUUUAGCAUCUCACGAGCUUCACUUCUCAAUUUUGUGUGAGAAUGUGCUACAACAAAAUCAUCAAGAAAACUCUAUCACUCUAGCUAAAGAAUUGUUCAAAACUGAAGAGCUUAAAAAAUGUAGAGGCUGGUUCCCCCGCGCAACAGAAAUGACUCCUAGGGGCAAGUCUCCUAAGAAACCUUAUCAGUUUUUGAACAUAUGGGUUCUGAGGGAGUACCUGGAGCUUGAUCUGAAGAUACCAAACCCAGUUCUCAAAACAGAUAUCGAGAGGCUUAUAGAUGAUUUCAUAUUUAUUUGUUUCCUGACAGGAAAUGAUUUCAUUCCACAUAUUCCUUCAGUGGAGAUACAUGAGUGCGCAGUUGAUCUGUUACUGGAAGUGUACAAACAAACCUUCAACAAAAUGGGGGGCUAUAUUGUGAACACGGAAAAGUUGAAAGACAAACAUGCUGCAUAUCUUAAAGUCUCAAGGUUAGAGAAGUUUUUUCAUGAACUGUCCUUGUAUGAAGAGAAAAUUUUCCUCAAAAGAUAUGAGCUGCGAGAGAGGCUACAGCGCAAUAUACUGCGUCAAGCUGUAGAGAAGGAAUGGAAUGAAAGAAGCUUUGACAAUAUGGUGAGGGCUAGAUACAUCGCAAUGCAGCAUUUCCACCUGCAGUCCGACAGUUCAGAUAUGACUGCAAAUACCUUAGAGCUGAGGCGAAACUUAAAGGAUACCCUCCGUAACAAGCAAGACCUUAUAAAAAGUGGAGCCUGUAAACAUGACACGAUAAGACUGGGAGUAGCUGGGUGGAAAUCUCGAUUCUACAGGGAAAAGUUUGGUGUUGAAAUAUUCAACGAAGUUGGGAAACUGAAGAAUGACAUGGUUCAAAAGUAUCUUGAAGGACUUUGUUGGGUGCUGCAGUACUAUUUUGCAGACGUGCCAUCAUGGAGUUGGUAUUACCCUUUCUAUGAUGCUCCUUUUGCAUCUGAUCUAAAAGGACUAUCUCAGUUCAAUAUAUCUUUCACCGUGCACAAGCCACUAAGACCAUUCGAUCAGCUCAUGGCAGUCCUUCCACAAGAAAGCUCAUUUGCACUACCGAAGUGUUACAGAAAACUGAUGGAAAAUGAAGAGUCUUCAGUUCAAAAAUUCUAUCCUUCAGAUCUGCAGAUUGAUACCCAUGGGAAACGUUUCUUGUGGCAAGCUAUUGCAAAGCUGCCAUUCAUUGAUGAAAAGCUGCUGAUUUCGGCUACAAAGACGGUGGAGAAUGAACUCGCAGUGCAUGAGAUGAGUAGGAACACUGUUCGUCAAGAGAAGAUCUUCCUGAGGAACUCAAAUACUCUGGCAAGCAAUGCAGCCAUUGGGCAGAUAUUUGAUUGUUCAUCGAAAAAGCUUCCAAUAGAUCCAGCAACCAGCUCUGGUUUCUUCCGCUCACCCAUUAGAGAUCUUGAGGACCUUAGGAAUGACCAGACAGUAUCAUUCAUGUUCUUCAACCCAGAGCCAGUGAAGAUCCUUCCAAGACUACUUGAACAUGUCAAAAGACCUGAAAAGCCAUCACCGCCACAGCAGAGGCGCAGCCCAGGAUCAGCAGCUUUGGACGCGGGAGAGGGAGAGAUAUCACACAUCACAGCCGAGACACAGCAGUUGGGUGGCAACUAUGGGAGAGGUUUCCAUGGGGCUGGCAUGGCACAAAGCCGUGGUGGUGCGUACACUUUCCAGCCAGGCGGAAGAGCUUGUGCAGGAAGAGGGCAGUACGGUGGCACGUUGCAGGGGCAGCAGGCGGCAUGGCGCCCAGUUGGGGCGUGGGCAAGAGGUGGAAGUGAGAAUGGAGGCGGCCACGGCGGGAAUGGGCAGCCCCGUGGUUGGUAGAACAGAACAGACGUGAUGCAGUGAUGAUGAACCACCAUAGUUUUUGGUCUCACGCACCUCGCCAUAUUUUGUCUGAAACUUUGGCGGUGCUACGCUGUUCAAGAAUUGCGUCGUCUGUGAUCUGUUAAACGAGAGGUGCAUUUUGUUUGAGACAACUGAUGGAUCAUGAUUGUUGUAGCUGCUAAUCUUGGGUCUGGCUGCUUGUUCGAUCUCCUCCCGUUUGUGCCUGGCUUCUGACUAGCAAAUCCACUGCGCGUGCUAGGGCAUGUUUAUUCAGCUUCAUAUUGCCAUAUAUUGUUACGAUUUGAGGGCAAGACUACUGUAAUUUUGUAUUGCAAUCUGGGUGUUUGUUUGAGCUUGGGACUCUGAUAAUGGCCAAUACUCCUUUUGAAAA